CACGGAAGCACCAGCGAGCCUGCAGCUGCCAGGCACAGGGGUGCGCAUCGUCGUCCAACGUACCUUCAUCGAGGUGGUCGAGGAGUCUGGCGUCUGGCAGAUGGGGGCGGUUGCGAGGCGGGCGCUCUCCGUGCCAGCCCUGCCGAUCAGGGGGGACGAGAUGCCUCAGGACGCCCAGGAGGCGCGGGAGGGCGAGCCCGAGCGCCCCGAUCAUUCCACCGGCGUGCCCGAGCAGGGCCAGGUCGCGAGGGGCCCGGCGGGCCAGGAGCCGAAGACGACGGUGGCGAUCAGGAGCAUCCCCCCCCACCUCACGCGCGACCAGCUCGUGCAGUACCUCGACGCGCUUGGCUUCGCGGGCAGGUACGACUUCCUCUAUCCGAGGGGCUGCGCCCAGCAGGUGCCGCCUGUCGCCCUCCUCGGCUGGCUCGAGGACCCACACGGCCUGGGCUGGUCGGUGUGGCUGGCUGGCGGGAGCCUUGAGACGGGGGUGGUCGAGGGUGGUCUUCGAAUUCACUCGGCAGACACGCCACCCGCACGGGGCUUGGGCGGCAGUCAGCUAGAUACAGCCUGGUAA